AUGAAACCGGCACUGGACAUAGACAUAGACGAGUGCAUCUCCAAUCCUUGUGUGAACAAUGCCACCUGCAAGGAUCUUAUAAACUCCUACAGAUGUGAGUGUGCGGAUGGAUACACGGGUGUGCACUGUGGGAUAGGUAACUUCUGCGCGUCUAACCCGUGUAAGAAUGACAGGCGGUGCGUGGAGAGGUCACCAGGUUACCGGUGUGUGUGUCAGGACGGCUGGCGAGGCAGGAACUGUGAGGAGUACAUCUCUCUUCCAUGUGACUCCAACCCGUGUCAGAAUGACGGACAUUGCGUCACAGUACCGGAAGGUUUCAAGUGCGUGUGUUAUACAGGGUGGAUAGGGAUAUACUGUGAUAAAGUUUAUCUCGGUACGAACGUCGAGGUCGAGUGGCAGUUGGGCGAGUCCAUCACGCGGGGCCACUGGUCAGCAGGGAGGGACCCCAGACUCCAGGAGGACUGUGACCAGCCCGACCGCUUCCCCUUCCCUACAAUCAACGACUGUGUGGAACCGUCCGACGGCGGCCAGGCCAUCAGCAACGAGGAGGCUCACAGCGGGAACUUCUCCUGGCACUUCAAGAGAGGUUACACCAGUAAACUACAGGGAACUCCCUUUUCUACUGGUUUGAACAACUGGGUGGGAAGAACUGAUGGAAAUUAUUCAGGCGAUGCUGACUCUUUCUACGCGUCAUUCUUUUUCAAGCUUGCAAAUGUUCGGCUUGAUGAGUCGAAGAUUGCUGUGGUGGCAGGAAAUCCUGACGGCGACGCGCGGGCUUCGAACUACCUGGAGAUCUACGCUGACCCGAUCCAAGGGUUGCGGGUUCGAGUCCAGGACAGUAUAUUCGGACGCCUGGCGGUGGUCGCCGAGAAUCUGGACAUCGCAGAGUGGCACAGGGUUGAGAUGACUUUACACGCAAUACCAGGAGUCAACCACGACACCUGGCACUACUCUGUCGAUCAAAAAUCUACCUUCUCUGGAAGGGGAUACUUCCAAACAGAGAACUAUAAGAACGACUGGUGGUAUGAGUACGUCAACAGACUCAAAUUCCAGCCGACACAUGAAAAUAGGAAAAGGAAGUGUCAAGGAUUCUUCUUUGAUGAUGUCUACUACAAGGCUUUCAAUGUGGAGGAGGAAUCUGUGACCAUUGAGGAGUAUGGAACAUCAUUUGAAUCAUAUCCCCUUCCUUAA